AUGCCAUCUGCAUUCUCAAUCCCAAUGGCCAAUUUGCAAAUCGGCAACAUGCAGGGAUUACCCACUGAGCUUACCUCAUUUCUGACAACAUUGCAGGCCCAAAUCAUGCAUGUGCAAAACAGAACUGACCAGUUAGAGCGACUUGCAGCAGAGAAUGCAAGAUUAACCACUGAAUUGGAUCAAGCUAGAACAACAAUUGCUAAUCUGCAGAAGCAAUUAGGAUCUCAGAGUGCACCUGAAAAAAACUUUUCAGAAAUUUCACUUUCGAACCCAGCCGGCGCAGUAGGUGCUCCUGACAAACACGAAGAACCAGGUCUGGAAGCCUCCACUUGGGCUAGUAAAGCCAGUGUUUCUCUUCCUGUAACUGCCCCAAAAAUGUCUGCUGUUCCCUCUGCUCGCCGUAUUGCAGCUUCUGUCCGUAUGUUUGCUCUUCCCUCUGGACCUUCUGGCUAUGAAUAUCACAAAGAAGUCCGUUCUUCUCUCCACACUCUUGGUGUGGAUUCUUCUCAACUUUUGGACAUUAACUUCCCAGCCAGAGAUGUCAUUGGCGUCCUUGUUCAUGUCCAGUAUGCUGAUGCCUUUAAGGCCAAACUGACAACUGCUUCUGUUGAGAUUUUGGACGCAUUUGAUCCACUUGACCCUGAUAAUGUUGCUGAUCCCAAGUAUACAUCUUUGUCCACUCAUGAACUUGCCAACACUGCUGCCAUGCUUCACCAUGAUAGAUGUCUCCAGGCCCUCCAGUUCUUGUGCCCUCAUGUUGCUAUCCCAGUUGGUCACUUCUUUUGUGAGGCAGGGUAG